AUGCCUGAUAAUAAUAAUAAUAAUAAUAAUAAUAAUAACACCAUCGAAAAUAUUUUAAUAUUGAUUCAUCCAGGUGUGUCAAACCAGCCCGAAUUACUAACAAACUAUUUAGAAACAAAAGUCAAAAAUAACAGUGAUUGUCGUGGUAUAAACAAAGACCAAUAUUUAAUCAAUUUGAUAAAUGAUGGAACUGUUGUAUUAAAUGAUGAUUAUUAUAAGGAAAUCCAUUAUAUUACUAUGGAGACCGAAGAAGAUAUGCUUUUUCCAUGCGAAAAAUUAAUCCCAGUAUUAUAUAAUAGUCUAACUAGUAAAGAUGAUGGCAAACUAUAUGGUUUACCUGAUAAGUUUAAAUUAUAUGCUUUAAUUAAUGACUUUGAAAUUAUCGAUGACAUUCCUAACGGAAAAUAUUAUUGGCUAAAAAGAUCAAAAAAAAAUAACAAUAAUACCAGAGUCUUAAGCCUUAAAUCUGGUACAGUUUUGUUAAACAAACAUAAGAAGGGGAAUAGUAGUAAUAGUGCUACCACCUUGCCUGUUUUUAAAAGAAAAAACGAUGCUAAAAUUGUUCCUAAUGUAUAUUCAGAGAAUUCGAGCGAUGAAAGCGAGAGUGAGAGCGAAGCUCUAAGCGAAGAUAAAUUAAAAUACUUCGACCAAGGAAUUAGUAAUGAGGAAAGAAGCAAUGAUAGUAGCAGCAAUGACACAAGUAUUAUCGAUGAAGACGAAUUAAUUGAUGAAGAUGAUGAGUCAAAUAUAACUACAGUUACUUGCAAGAAAACUUCGCAAAGAAGACGUAAGGCAUGUAAGGAUUGUACCUGUGGGUUAAAGGAAGCGGAAGAUGAGGAAAUAAAAGGAAUAGAAUUGAAAAGGAAUGAGGUAAUUAAGAGUCCUAGUAUUAAUAAGCCGGAUACCGUUUUUAAACUAAAUAAUGAUGAAUUGACUGAAAUUGAUUUCACUAUAAAGGGCAAGAAGGUUGGAGGAUGCGGUUCAUGUGCCUUAGGUGAUGCAUUCAGGUGUUCUGGUUGCCCAUAUUUAGGUUUACCUGCUUUUAAGCCUGGUCAGCCAAUAAAUCUAGAUAGUAUAUCAGAUGAUUUGUGA